GGCGGAGUUUUGAACGAUGGUUAAAGGCGGGUCAGAAUCGUUCUGCUAUCAUCCCGUGGUGAUCCAAGCAGGAAAGUGUGUUUGUCUGUUGUGGAGCUAGAACUUGAAAUUAGGAUAAUAAAAUGGCUGAUCAACUGACAGAAGAGCAGAUUGCUGAAUUCAAAGAGGCUUUCUCGCUAUUCGACAAGGACGGCGAUGGAACCAUCACCACCAAGGAGCUGGGCACCGUCAUGCGCUCCCUGGGCCAGAACCCCACAGAGGCUGAGCUGCAGGACAUGAUCAACGAGGUGGAUGCUGACGGAAACGGCACAAUAGACUUCCCCGAGUUUCUGACCAUGAUGGCGAGGAAGAUGAAGGAUACAGACAGUGAGGAAGAGAUCAGAGAAGCAUUCCGCGUCUUUGACAAGGAUGGAAACGGGUACAUCAGUGCCGCAGAGCUGCGUCACGUGAUGACGAACCUGGGUGAGAAGCUCACAGAUGAGGAGGUCGAUGAGAUGAUCAGGGAAGCAGACAUUGACGGAGACGGUCAGGUCAACUACGAAGAGUUUGUACAAAUGAUGACAGCGAAGUGAAGGCCUUGUACAGGAUUUUUUUUCUUUUUUUUCUUGUAUAAAAUUAUUUGCCUUUUCUUUGUUUGUAAUUUAUCUGUAAAAUGUUUAUUCUCCCCUCUACCCUCCCAACCCCCCAGUUGUCCAAAGGAACUGCAUGUGUAAUACUUAGGAAUCAAGUCCUCAUGUCCCUUCUUAUUUUAGCUGUCAUUGUUUUCUUUCUUUCUGUUCUUUCUUUUUCUUUUGAGUGGAAAUGUCAGUCAUGUGAGCAGGUGGUGGGCAUGGCACUGGAGCCAUCGUGGGAUGGCCGUACAAACAUUUCUGCCAUAUUGCCCCAGGUGAGACCUGGGCCACCUGACCUGAAGUUGGAGAAUUCGGCAUGUUGGCUUUUCUUUUCUUUUUUUCUUUUUUUUUUUUUUAUGUGGAGGAGUUACUCUGCAUGGACUAUGGACAAAGGUAUAUAUGGAAAAUUCUCAGCAUUGCACUAUUGCAACAAAAAAAAUCUAAACUUAAAAAAAAUAAUAAUACAAACGGGUGUAUCCACCAGGUACUCGUACACUGACUCUUUUUGUAUCUGCUGUUCAAUACCAGAAGUUUGUUUGAUUCUUACUAUGCUUUUUAACGUUUUAGUCACAUUUCUUUUUCCUUUUUUUUAACUGCUUUUGGCACAAACAUGCCUCAAAGAAUCCAUUCCAAGUUGUAUAUUUUUGUUUUCCAAUAAAAUUUACAAUUUACCCAAACAA